AUGGAAUUGAUCUUAGUCUUGCCGAAUGAAAUCAAGCCUCUAUUCCAGAGCUGGCCUCUGCAUACAAAGGAGAGCUCACUGAGCCAAAUUAUGGAAAUUGCUCCAUCAUACCUAAUUUGGGAAAUAUGGAAAGAAAGGAACCACAGGCUAUUUGAAGGCAAAGCUAGAAAUCAGAAAUCAAUUCUAAAUUCAAUAGAAUCAACAAUAGUGGAUUCAAUCAAUGGCAGAAUAGCCUUCGCUUUGAAUCAGUCUAAAGUUUUCUCUUCAUGGUAUAAGAAAAUUAGUCAAAAUUGGCAAGGAAUCAUUAUCCCCUCACUUUCUCGCCAUAAUUCCAAUAAAAGGAAAGAUGCAAUCUGGUCUCCCCCGAAGCCAGAUUGGGUGAAACUGAAUUUUGAUGGGGCUUCCAAAGGCAAUCCAAGCACCUCCAGAAUAGGCUAUGUUAUCAGAGACCAAUCAGGAGCAAUCAUCGAGAAAAUGGCAAAACCAAUCCCUCUAGACACUAAUAACAUAGCAGAGUUUACCACUCUACUAUUAGGCUUGAAAGACUGCAUCAACCAUGGUAUCAAAAAUGUUUCAGUAGAAGUAGAUUCGGAGAUAGAAAUUAAUAACCCCCAAUUGGAGGCUUCAAGCUUUAUUGGAAAGAAUUCUAGAAAUCCUGAACAAUUUUGA